UCAUAAACAUAACAUGUAGCAGGCAGUAGAGCACAGAUAAAUACAUUAUUUAGCCACCUGUCAGUUCGAGUAACGUUGACUUUACGUGCUCAUUUUCAUAUUUACAGGCUUGAGUGCAAUUUCGUGAGUUUCAUUGAGUUAUUUAAAUUGCUUUCUAAAAGGAAAAGCUUGUGUCUUUUCCACAAUGUAUGUUAUCUUUACAGCCAUAGCUAACUUAGUUAGCAAAACUAGCUAGCCCGAUGGCUAAUAUUACAUUGUGAGAUUAACUUAUUUGACAGAAAACACAAAAUGUAUACUUUACUAUCGGGAUUGUACAAGUACAUGUUCCAGAAGGACGAGUACUGCAUUUUGAUCCUGGGUUUGGACAAUGCAGGGAAAACGACCUUCUUGGAGCAAACCAAAACUAAAUUUAGCAAGAACUACAAAGGCAUGAGUCUCUCGAAGAUCACCACAACAGUUGGUUUAAACAUUGGGACCAUCGAUGUGGGUAAAGCUCGUCUGAUGUUCUGGGAUCUUGGAGGCCAAGAGGAGUUGCAGUCAUUGUGGGAUAAAUACUAUGCAGAGUCACAUGGUGUCAUCUAUGUCAUUGACUCGACUGAUGAAGAGAGGUUGACCGAGUCAAAGGAUGCAUUUGAAAAAAUGAUCAGCAGUGAGGCUUUGUCAGGAGUCCCGCUUCUUGUACUCGCCAACAAACAAGAUGUAGAGAACUGCUUGUCUGUUCCUGAUAUCAAAACGGCGUUCAGUGACUGUGCGCCAAAGAUCGGCAAACGGGAUUGUCUAGUCCAGCCUUGCACGGCCUUAACAGGGGAUGGAGUGAACGAAGGCAUCGAGUGGAUGGUGAAGUGUGUGAUCCGCAACAUCCAUCGGCCCCCAAGGCAGAAGGACAUCACAUAAAACACCUGCCGUCUUCUCUUAAAGAGUGUGUGCGUACAGUAUGCUUGUGUGUGUGUGUGUGUGUGUGUGUGUGUGUGUGUGUGUGUGUGUGUGUGUGUGUGUGUGUGUGUGUGUGUGUGUGUGUGUGUGUGUGUGUGUGCGUGUUUGUGUGUGGUGGUUGGUUGGUUGAGUGCAUGCUCAUGGGCAGUGUGCGUUCAACAACAAUGUGAAGAUCUGCUAUUGCAGGUUUGAAUGGUUGGUUGUGAUGAUGCCCAGUUGUUUUACUUUCUCAGACCGUGCUUGGACCUUCAUUUGUCACUUACUGACAGACUGACUGCACAUUUUUAACUGUGAACUUCUCAGCAGAAAUAUUGUGAGGGGGUUACAUAAAAAAAAGAAAUUUUAAAGAGAGGGUUGUUGUUAACGGAGGCGUGAGAUGGCAGGGGUAGAGUGCAAAGCUCUCGGUGUUCUUUGUGUUCUUUCUUUCUUCUCUUCAUUGCAACAUGGGAAAUGUUUUUUUUCUUCUUCUUUCAACCUGGUUGUCAGAUUGGCGCCCAGUUACAUGUGGAAGCUGUAUAAAUCUCACUUUGCACUUCAGUUGUGUGUUUUUGCUCUGGAAUCUCACAUUGAUUUUGUCGAUCCCUAAAUUGAUUGAUUUGGAUUGGUGCAAAGAGUCAACUGCUCUGGCUGGUGUACGGCAGUUUUCAGUCAUAAUUAUCAGAAGUUAUGUGCUUUUAAAGGUGCACUGUGUAAUAUUUUAGUAGUUCAUUUCCAGAAUUCAUGCUGCCCAUUCACAAAUGUCACCUUUUUAAGAGAACAGUUUCAAAGAGCAGCAUAUAGUUGCAAUACCUACUCUGGCCACAAUCCUACACAGUGCACCUUUAAGAAAUUGAGGAGCUUUGCAGUAAAUGGGUGAAAGAAGAAAGAGAAGUCAAGAGCACCCACCUCAGGCAGAUUUGAGAGAUCUCUGCACACAUAUUCCUGCAUCUUCCCCCAUUAUGUGAUCACAUAUAAGUUCAUCAGUCAAAAGUAAUCACAAUGUCAAACAUGUUUUAGUUUUCAUUAUUCUAGUACUUUUUUUCAGCAGAACCUGGACAAAUCUGAAUGCACAUAAGAAAUGGUGCAUCGAAUUCAACUUCUGCACACUCCUUUUGUCAGUCCUGUUGCUAUGAUGAGGGAGACAAACCCUCUUCCAAACACAAAUGUGGUGGCUCAACCCAGUGAACCUUGGCGCACUCUUAAGCCCUCUUUACAAAUUUGUAAUGACUAAUUCAACAUGUGAUCUAUUGUAGCAGUCACACUCCUAUUUAUAGCAUAUAUCCACCCUAUUAAGCCCCAAAGACAACAGGAAUGCCCAAAAAACAUACCAAAAAACACCCACCGCAUCCAUUCCUAUGAUCAACAGAAAUGACAAACUGCCCCAUUUGUGUUUUUGAAGUCGAAGUGGACAUGAGCACAUGAGAUUCCAUUGUCUAUUUCAGCAAGUUUGUCUUAAAACUGUGUAUACUUUACUCUCAAAACAAUGUUGAUAGAUUUUUAAUGGUAUUCAAGAAAUUAUAUAAUAAACAGUCAUUUGCAGA